CCACACACCCACGCACAACACCCACACACCACACCCACGCACAACACACACACACACACACACACGGCUGGCUGAGAUGUAUUUACACUACAACAGGCUGAGACGGCUCGUAUGUGAAUGGGGUUGAUUCUGAUAGGAUAUAGGGAAAUUCUAUGACGGUAAUGUUUUUUUUUUCUCUUCUCUUUUCUUUUUCUUUCCCUUCUCUGAAUAGCCCGAACAAACGGGAGCACUGUUAUAUUUUCACUGGCUGGCACGGCUGGCUGGUUUCUUUCCUCAUUGAUGGGGAUGAUAGGAUUGGUUGGGAUGGAUGGCUAAAGCUCGAAUCGUUAGGAGCGACGAAGGUUUAUGUAAACAUGGAGGGCCGGGGUGAAUCAUAAUGAUACUGUUAAUGUACACUACUACCUAGUACUGGCACCGGUUUCGGUACCGGGAGCUUUAGUUUGAUCCUGUAAUUUCUGGAAUGACUCGAUGCGUGGUGGUUGGUCGUUUUGAGGGUUGUUAAAGCAGGCUGGAGGAAGGUGCAGUGGUGAGGUUGGCGAGCAGGCGAGGUAGGCACGUAGGGUCAAGGAGGGGUAGGUACAAUGAAGAAGGAAAGAGGCUUGGGAUAUGGCAAAGAGGGGUGACUGGCCGCCCGUUGGUGGCUUGAAGGCCCGAGGUUGGUUGUCCGUUUGUUACGUGGUGACGUUGGUUGUCGUUGCGGCUUUGGGAGCUCGGGAGGUGCCAAUCAGACGGAGCAAUAACAGUUGACAAGAAGAAACUUGAGGCUUAUUUGUGGUUAAAGUGAAUGUAAGUAGCUUCUUGCAUUGGUAUCAC